ACUUUUGGCAUUGCUUUUAAUUCGAUCCUCAAUAACUUUUGAAUAAGAGAUGACUUCAACUCUUCUGCCUCCUUGCAGGACCUCAAAGGAAACAUCCUUUUUUAUGUAACUUCAAAUGUUAGAUUCAGGCUUUGUGUUAAUGAGUUAAAGACGUCUAGUUUUUGUUAGUAAUUAAGAAACCUGCCAAGACAGAGUAUGUGGAACAUUGAUCAUUGUUCAAUCACGUGUUGUAAUUACGGCAGAGUGCAUAUGCAUAAAUCAAAUGAGAAAUAUAGGGAAAUAGUUAUAGACAAAGGCGGUGGUGAAAGUGAGGACUCUCCAAGUCGAGAAACAUCUCAGUUUCAAAAGGGGAUGGACAAGCAUAUCCAUCCACCAAUUGAAAACCAUUUCCUUCUUCCUCCUCAACGAGAGAAACCAUCUUCAUCAACGACUUCAUCAGGCCUUAAGUCCAUGCUAUCGUAUCCGCUCAAGGUUCGUGAUUCGUUGAAGAGAAUUGGGAAGAGCAAAAGCAUGGAACUAAUCCUUGAAGGAACUCAUGAUCCAAAAGAUGAACAAAUAGUUCAGUCUUUCCGAGAACUACUUUUCCUCGAGGGUCAGUUACCAGCUAAGCACAAUGACUAUCAUACACUUUUACGGUUUCUAAGAAUGAGAGAUUUUGAUCUGUCAAAAGCAAAAGAAAUGUUUCUGAAAUAUCUUCAGUGGCGCAAGGACUAUGGAGUUGAUGCAAUCCAACGGGAAUUUAAGUUUGUUGAGCUUACAGAGGUGAAGAAAUGCUAUCCUCAUGGAUUCCAUGGUGUAGAUCGAAGUGGUAGACCAGUAUACAUUGAAAGGAUUGGAUUGGUAGACCUAAAUGCAUUACUACAAGUAACCAAUAUAGACAGAUUUGUCAAGUAUCAUGUAUCAGAACAAGAGAAAACACUAAAUUUGAGAUUUCCCGCAAGCUCAAUUGCAGCCAAGAGACAUAUAGCAUCUACCACGAGUAUCUUAGAUGUGAAAGGAGUUGGAAUGUCUAAUUUCUCAAAGCCUGCACGAUAUCUCUUCAUGGAAAUUCAGAAGAUUGACAGCAAUUACUACCCAGAGACUCUAAACCGACUCUUCAUUAUCAAUGCUGGAUCUGGGUUCCGGAUGCUGUGGAAGGUAAUCAAGGCCUUUAUGGAUGCACGAACCUUGGCAAAAAUUAAUGUGCUGGGAUAUAACUACCUUAGUAACCUGAUUGAAGUUAUUGAUCCAAGUAAUUUGCCGACAUUUCUCGGUGGAAACUGUACAUGUGCUGACUAUGGGGGUUGCUUGUUAAGUGAUAAAGGACCCUGGAACAAUCCAGAAAUUACAGAGAUGCUUCAGGCAGUUUGUGCAACAGAAGAGGCCAAUUAUGAAGGAAACGGCGACCUAGCUUCAGAAGAUGCUUUGUUGCAUGAUGUGGAUAAUGGUGAAAAUAACGAAAACUUGAGAAAUGGGGAAAGGGCAAUGAGUGAUAGGCUUGCACCACAAAAAAUCAUGGCACUGGAAGCUGCACUUGCAGACACCAAUAAAAAAAUCGAUGCAUUGGAAGUGGCACUUGAGGACACCAAGAUGGUCUUGAAAGGGCUUGGACAGCACAUUAAAGAUCUGAGGGUUUGAACUUGUUUACAUAAAUUGUUGUUUAAAGAAUAAAGGUACAUGAUAAAUGUUCAGAUGCCCUGGAAGCAGAUGAAUAUCUAUGCACAUCAAGUUGAGAAGCAAACUGUCAUUUUAAAGGUUUUCGUUUCUGAUGAGACUUACCUGGUGGUUCUUCCCUUGGUUCUUCAGUGCUUAAGCACAGUUUAAGAAACAACUCAAAGCCACCGUAUACCGAACGGGGAUUGGAUGAUUAUGAAAGUAUAUAACUGUACCAAUGUGGUCUGGAACUCUGGAUCAAGCAAUGCAAAAUUCAUUGUGCAUAUUUCAAACUCUAUGUCAGUCUAUCUAUGUUUCCUGUU